UAAAAACGCGUCGGUCGCGCGGCGACGCGACAUUCAUCUCUGGAACAUCCUUGGUACCACAUCGACGUUAGUGCGAGUUGGAACUUAUUUCUGUGCGAAGAGCUCAGGUGACCGAAGUUAAUCAAGGAUGAAGCUAACUGUCGUCUUGCUGAUGGCCAUCGCCGUCGUACUCGUGACGGCGGCCGAUGACGGGGUCGAUGAGGAGUACAUACACCUGCCAGGGAAAACUUGCGAGGAUGCACCGCCGUGUCCCGACGAGAGACCCUGCGUGAUGGCUCCACCUCAUUGCAACGUUGGCACUUGCGGCACAGAUCCGGUACCGACGUGCGGCAAAAAGCCAAAAAUGUAGUAAAAUCCUGAACGCGCGAGCUCGAAGGGAGCCCUAUAUUGUAUCUUGACACGAUGCUGCUUCUUACGAUUAAUAAAACAUAUUGUUGUCGCUGACGAAAAAAAU